AUGUAAUAAUAAUAAACUACAAAUAAUUUUACUACAUAAAACAAACUUAGAGAAUCUGGAAAUGAUAAAAAUAAGACUAUUUAAGAAGAGGCUACUUAAAAUUUCAAAUAGGAGGAUAUAUUAAAAGAUGUUACAAAUAAAUUAUAAUUCAAAAUUCUAAAAAAAAAUGAACAAUUAACUUAGAUGAAGGAAGAAAUAAUUGAUUUAUAGGUUAAAUGGUAGGAAGAUAAAAAAGAUUGGUUAAAUGAGAAGAGUGAACUUGAAAGAAAGUGUGAAUUUUAUAAAGAAAAUUUGUAUGAAUAUUAAUUAGAUUUAGAAAUGCUGAAAGAUAGAAUAAUUAGAAAUUCUAAAUUCAAAUAGAUAAAUUAACAUCAAUGUUAAAUCAAAAAAUGAAAGGCAAACUUCAAUAUAAUGAAAGUAGUGCCUUAGAAAAAGUAAGUGGUUAAUUAAAUGAAGAAAUUGAUUCUUUAUAAAAGGAGACUGGAAUUAUGAAAACAUAAAUAUGUUUAUUAGAAAAUAAACUAAUUUUAAAAGAUGAAACUAUUUCAAAAUAAUAAAAGAGAAUCUAAAAAUUAAAAAAAAAGUUAGAUUAACAAUUAUAAUAAUAAUUAGAGGAGAGAAUGGUUGAUGUAGAUAAAUAAAAAAAAAGAAGUGCAGAUAUUAAAGAGAGAGUCAGUGAAUUAGAAUUAAAACUUAAAAAUUUAAGUUUAGAAAGUGACAGAAUCAAAAAAGAUAAUAAAUAAUUAUUAUAAGAAAAUGAUAUAUUUAGAAUAUAAUAUGAGAAAUCAAGUAGAUUAUUACCAUAAUUAGAAGAUUCAAAGUAAUAAAUCAUAUUAAUAUUUUAGUAAAAGAUUGGAAUAAGAGAUUUAAGAAUAUGAAUCGUAAUUUGAAAAAAUGAGUAAAUAAAUUAAAGAACUUAAUAAUUAAUUUGUUAAUGAAUAAUAAUAGUAAACAUCAAUUAAUGAAGAAUUGAAAGAUAAGAACUUAGAAAUUGAUAAUUUAUAAGAACAAUUAAAUGAAUAAAUUCAACUAUUUCAUAUUGAAUAAAGAUCAAACACAUUUUUAAAAGAAGAGUCAGAAAAAUAUAAAUUCCAAUUAGAUAGAUUAACAAAAUAACAAUAAUAGUUAACAGAUGCAUAACAUAAGGAUUUGGAUAAUUUAGAGGCUAAAAUUGAGAAAAUUAGCAAAGAAUUGAUUAAAUUAAGAGAAGAGAACACAUUAUUGAAAUCAUAAGUAUAGAAUCAUAAAAAAGAGUAAGGUUAAUAUUUAGAUAUGAUUGAUCAAUUAUAAAAAUAAAUCAGAGAUUUAAAAGGCAAGAAUAAGAUUCUAGUGUAAUAACACGAUGAUUUAGAUGCCAGAAUCAAUUAAUUAGUUUAAAUGAAAAAAUAAAAAUGUUUGAAAGUAAGAAUUUAAGAUACAAAUUAAUAAAAAAAAUUUACAAGAUUUGAAAAAUCUGAUAGUAGUUCAUUUUCUGAUUGA